UCCUUAGCAACGUGCUAGCCAGCUAGUGUGCUGCGUGCAGUGUUUAUGAGUAGUUUCAGAUAUGAUGAGCGGUAGGACGAGCGCGGUAAUUGCCGGGGUGUGUGGAGCACUUUUCAUCGCAUACUGUAUUUAUUUUGACAGAAAGCGACGGAGCGACCCUCGCUUCAAGGAAAAACUACGUGAACGUAGAAUAAAACAAAAUGUUUCUAGUGAGAAGUCUGGAGUAGCAAAGUUACCUGACAUGAAGGACGCGGAAGCUGUUCAGAAAUUCUUUCUGGAGGAAAUCCAGCUGGGAGAGGAGCUCUUGUCACAAGGUGAAUUCGAGCGAGGCGUGGACCACCUGACCAAUGCGAUUGCAGUAUGCGGUCAACCUCAGCAGCUGCUUCAAGUACUCCAGCAGACACUGCCGCCUCCAGUCUUCCAAAUGCUUCUCACCAAACUGCCCAGCAUCAGCCAGCGUAUUGUCAGCUCUUUAACAGAAGAUGACGUCGAAUGAAUGUGUGUGAUUGCGUGUGAGAUGGAUAUAUGCUGUCACUAUUCCAUAAAGGGAUUUCAGACUCUGAUAUUUGUGCACUGUUUGGUACGUGUGACUGAAGUUGUGAGCCUGAUUAUGACAGAGGCAGAGCUUGACCUUUGGACAUUUGAUGACGAUAAUCUCCCUCUAACAUGACACUCCAAGGUUAAAGAACUUCCUCAAGGUUACGUUUCUGAGAAAUAAAGUAAAAGUAGAAGUAAAACAUUCCAUCUUUCUAAUGCUAUUCCCACUGGAUCUCAUUCUAGCCAUAAUUUUAUUCUAUUUAUUUCCCUCAAAAGUAAUUGUGUUAUGUUUUGGGGGUUUUUGCUGAUAUGUACUAAAUUAAAAAAACAAAAGUAUGUAAACGAUUUGUUACAUAUUGCUGCGCAGUUGAUAAUGUGAAAUGUGUGUGAAAGUGUCUACACUAAACACAGUGCUUGUUUGUGGAAUAUUGUCAAGUUUUCUGAAAUUUCUUUUGCAAUGUUACUUAAAUGUUAUUUUUACAUUCCAGUCUUUCAUAUCUGGAUAUAUUUUUGUGUGUAAAAUCCUAAAAUAAAUAAUGAAAGCACA